AUGGCUUUGGCUGGUUGUAUCAGAUCCGAGAUCUCCUUCUUCAAGACCAUCGCCGUCUCAGAUUCCGUCUCCUCUGCAAGAUCUUUUCCGUGUGGACGCCUGCUUAUCCCUGCGGUGCAUGUGGCAUUAGUUGGUGAAAAUGGGAACUUUGCUUCACGGCUGUACAUUGCAGCUGUGAAAAUGAAUUCCUUGGAAAAGAUUGAGUCUGAUCUCUCUGAGCUGGUUGAGGCAAUAAAGACCAGCCCUACUUUCUCACAGUUUACAAAGGAUCCCUUAGUUCCUAGAGAGACAAGAUUGGCUGCUAUUGUGGAUGUUUGUGAGAAAGCAAAGUUUGUUGAACCCACCAAGAACUUCCUCUAUAUGUCAAAUUGA